GGGAGAACGGCGGCGGCGGAGCCGGGCGGGCAGUCUCUGACGCUUGGCGGCGGUUGUAGGAGUCGGUACCGGCUAGGUGGAACGGGGCGCGGCGGCCGUCCGGCCUCGCUGCCUGCCUGUCCGCCUACCUACCUACCUACCUACUUACCUACCUACCUGUCCCAGCUCGCUGCCUUCGCGUGUCAGGCUGCCCGGGCAGUUCGCCCCUCUGCCCGCUGUAAUUUCGGGGGUCGCCGGUUGCCCGGCAGCCCGCCGGUACUGUCACCCCUCCCCACCCCUCCCCCGCCACUGGGCGGCGGCGGCGGGGGUCUCAGAGGGCACUCCCCACCAUGGCCUUCACCUUCGCCGCUUUUUGCUACAUGCUGUCGCUGGUCCUCUGCGCCGCCCUCAUCUUCUUCGCCAUCUGGCAUAUAAUUGCCUUUGAUGAACUCCGGACAGACUUCAAGAGCCCAAUAGAUCAGUGCAACCCAGUCCACGCAAGAGAGCGGCUGCGAAAUAUUGAACGCAUUUGUUUCCUCCUGCGAAAGCUGGUGUUGCCAGAGUACUCUAUCCAUAGUCUUUUCUGCAUAAUGUUUUUGUGUGCACAAGAGUGGCUCACGCUGGGGUUAAAUAUUCCUUUGCUGUUCUAUCACUUCUGGAGGUAUUUUCGUUGCCCAGCAGAUAGUUCAGAGCUAGCCUAUGAUCCACCUGCAGUCAUGAAUGCAGAUACCUUGAGUUACUGUCAAAAAGAAGCCUGGUGUAAACUAGCUUUUUAUCUCCUUUCCUUCUUCUACUACCUGUACUGCAUGAUCUACACUUUGGUGAGCUCUUAACUGAAAGGUCAUCGUUAAAGACUGCAAACAACAAAGGCUGGAAGCACAAAGAGGAGGGACCCAAGUGAUGCAUGAUUAAACAAAAAAAAGAAAAAAGAGGGAAAGAAAAAGGCAAAGAAAGGACAAUUUUGGACCCAAGAAGUAAAUAGACUACGUGAAAGAGAGAACCAGCAAGAACCAGCAGAGUACUAUGGCAGAAUGUCUGCAUUAUCUGUGGUGUAUCUCCUGUGUUGCCAUCAAUGACUUUCAAACCCCAAACUAAACAAGACAAAAAUGCAACAAGCUGGGCCAAGCAACACAACUGUUCACCUCUCCAGGGAUAAUGCUGCUUGGUUUAGCAGAUAUAUUGUAAACUACAGUCCCUGCUGUCUUCCAGGGAGCAAAGUUUCUUUUGUUAAUGACCAUUCUGGACUGAUGAAGCAGAGGCCAAGAUCAUCUUACACAGAAUGAACAUCUAUCCAACCUAUUGUGACAAUGAGCACCACCUGGAGUUCAGAUAAGAUGUGUGACUGGUCACAGAAACGUAGAAUCAACCAACUUGGAAGAGACCUCCAAGAUCAUCCAGGCCAACCUAGCACCCAGCCCUAUCCAGGCAA